AUGCCUCCCAUGCACAGUGCCUCCCAUCCACAGUGCCUCCCAUCCACAGUGCCUCCCAUCCACAGUGCCUCCCAUCCACAGUGCCUCCCAUCCACAGUGCCUCCUAUCCACAGUGCCUCCCAUCCACAGUGCUUCCCAUCCACAGUGCCUCCUAUCCACAGUGCCUCCCAUCCACAGUGCCUCCCAUCCACAGUGCCUCCUAUCCACAGUGCCUCCCAUCCUCAGUGCUUCCCAUCCUCAGUGCCUCCCAUCCACAGUGUCUCCCAUCCACAGUGUCUCCCAUCCACAGUGCCUCCUAUCCACAGUGUCUCCCAUCCACAGUGCCUCCUAUCCACAGUGUCUCCCAUCCACAGUGCCUCCUAUCCACAGUGUCUCCCAUCCACAGUUCCUCCCAUCCACAGUUCCUUUUAUCCACAGUGUUUCCUAUCCACAGUGCCUCCUAUCCACAGUGCCUCCAAUCCACAAUGCCCCGAUCCACAGUCCCUCCCAUCCACAGUGCCUCCUAUCCACAGUGCCUCCCAUCCACAGUGUCUCCUAUCCACAGUGCCUCCCAUCCACAGUGCCUCCCAUCCACAGUGCCUCCCAUCCACAGUGCCCCUAUCCACAGUGUCUCCUAUCCACAGUGCCUCCCAUCCACAGUGCCUCCCAUCCACAGUGCCUCCCAUCCACAGUGCCUCCCAUCCACAGUGCCUCCCAUCCACAGUGCCUCCCAUCCACAGUGCCUCCCAUCCACAGUGCCCCUAUCCACAGUGUCUCCUAUCCACAGUGCCUCCCAUCCACAAUGCCCCCACAUACUCAAUGGUGGCCAGGGCCCCCCAUCCACAGUGGUGUUCAGUGGAACUUACCAAUAAACGUUUUCUUUCUUUGUAG